AUGGCGAACAAGCCGGGGAAGAAGGAGGCUCAGGGCAGAACCCCACCGGAGAAAAGGAAGUCAAAGGUAUUUGAGCAGUCUUCUCCACCAGUGCCCAAUGAGCUGAGUGAGUCCUCUACAAGCAGCGUGCAGAUAGGAGAAGAAAUUCAGUCCCUCGCAGUCAGGCUCGGUGAUCUGGAGAAGCUCCAUUUGCCACGACGCCCUAAAGAAGAGCAGAGGUCCUCAAUUACUAACAGAAUUUUAAUUCGCAAACAUCCUGAUAAAGAGGAGAGCAGGAAAAAGACAGUUGUUGGUGGCUCGACCUGCACCACAAGAUUCUUCUUCCAGAGGACACGCAACUUCAGAAGCCGAGUUACCCCUUAGUGGCACACAUGGUCGACUUCAGCCACAUAACAUCCUGGGGAGUUUGCAGGAGCUGAGAAAAGAAGCCACAGCAAGAGGGAACUUGCAGGUUGCUAAGCUUGUCCCAGAACAGCCAGAUUUCCUGAACUUGGGAAUCCAUGAUGAGACUGGAAGACUCCAACAGAAGGAGAAUAUUUACCAUCACUACAAUCAAGACAAUGCUCUAUUCAACUGGCAGUAUCACAUGGACCUGAGGAAGAGGCAGCUCGACUCACUAUCUCGUCGCCUGGGUAAGCCUAGUGAGCAGCUUGUGAUGAGCAUUUGCAAUGAUUACCGCAGAAUCCAGGAGGAAAGAAAUGCAAUAGACUGCUGUAUCCCAAGACUUGAGAGUGGCAAGGGUUAUCGUGUUGGAAGUGAGUUCUGGAAUGUGCCUGAAUGGAUUGGCGAUGAGCUGAGCGAGCUUGACAAUAACACUCACACAAUGUGAACGUGGUUACCCAUCGCCUAUCACUCACAUAGGCAAACCCUCUAGCAUCAAGCAGGAAACAGGUUUCGCAGAGCGUCCUCCAUAUCAUAACACGUGGGAUAAGAGUUUGUAUUUGCAGCAUCGUCGACAUGAGCUGAAAGCCAUUAUGGAGGAACUCAAUUUCACAAAGCCGGAUAUAGAUGGAUUGGAAGUAGUUGGACGUGGGCAGCCUUUUUCAUGCGUUUCUGCAAAACACUUCCCUUUUUUACAUGAGCAACACCAAGAAACCCCUACAGAAGAGAAAGAGAACCUGGAUCCACUCCAAGAUUACCCUGAUGUAGUUGCAGACGUUGUCUUCGGCCCGUCGUUGCUUUUCUGUGGGCAACCAGCAAUCUGGGUUGAUGAUCCAGUCUCUCACAGGGACAAAGCUGGCAUCUCUACACGUAUCACCUUUGAAGCUCUUGCUGGAGAGAAAGCCUCAUCGGUAAUAGAGGUGGUCAACAAUGGAAGUGCAGCUAUUUGGUAUGAAUGGAGGCGAUUGCCCAAUACUGGCAAUCUGGAAGAAUGCCACAAAGAGACACGAGUACAACAUUUCUAUUUCAACACAAGCGCUGGUGUGAUCCUGCCAGGAGAGACGCAGGCCUUCCCUUUCUAUUUCAAGUCCCCGACUGCAGGGAUAUUUGGGGAGAACUGGGAGUUCUGCACACACCCGGUGCUAUUGGCUGGUGCUCUGAUACAAGUAUCUCUAUGGGGAAUCGCUCUGUAUGAAGACAAGACCGCCCCUAUGAGGGAGGAGCUACAGAGGGAGAUGGACUCUCAAGAGGCCAAAUUUAUAGCUCAGAAGAUAAUGCAGGAGAUGUUGGACGGUGUCCGUAGCCCAGAGCGUCCUCAGUCACCUCCGACACGUGUCACUGAAGAAGAAAUGUUCCACCUAAUGAACCCAGAGUUACACUACAAAAAUCAGACUGUUGAGGAGCUGCAGCGGUUAUGGAGGGAGUAUAUAUCUCCAGACACACAGACCAGUCCUCUUCUAUCAGAAGAGGCAUCAGGUCAUGUGCUGAUCGGAUCCUACCUUGUAGAACAAAUUGGUUCGGAGGCCGAAGAGGAGCCCAGUUCAGAAUGGAACUUAUCAGUUGUCCAACUGAAACAGGCUUCAGAUAUGAUCCCCGAGGAUGAACCACGAGAGACAUUCCUACUUCAUGUAAACAGACUUGUCAGUGAACUGACCACCCCGGCGCAGGAGGUUCCUGUGGACCUGUUGCAGCAAGCUUGUCUUCAGCUAUGGAGGGAUGCCAUAGAUAAACUAGUGGAACGGUCUAUGGAGCUACGAUUUGUACUGGGCAUGCCAGCCAGACAAGGAUGUAACAGCAGAAUUUAUAAUAGAAGAGACAGUGGUGGAUCAGAAACGUGGGAAGGCAGGAAAAGAUGAGAAGAAAGCAGGAGUGACAAAAGACGAUAAAAGAACACCCGGAGGAAGGGAAAGAGAAGAGAAAAAAGGUGGAAAACAAGGAAUAAAGGAUAGAUUGGAAAAGGAGGACCGUCCUAGCAGCAGGAAGGUGAAGGGCAAGGAAGACAAGAAAUCCUCAAAGACGACAGGCCUCUCUGGAGAGAACAAGGAGCUGGUGUCAUCCGGAGAAAGCCUGGACUUGUCUCCUCCACAGUCCCGUCUCUGCCAAAUAGAUCCAAUUAUACAAGAGAAGUAUCAGGAGAGCCUGUACACUGAGGUUUAUGGAAUCCUGGUCUCAGUGGCAGAAGAUUUGGUGACCAUUGCUGAAGACUUAAAAAGCAAUACAUGUCCCAGUGGGAAUCUGGACACUUUGGAGAGCUUACAGAACAUCAUUCUUCAAUAG